CCCGGCCCUCCCGCCGCCCCCGCCCCAGCGCGGCCGGAUCCGAGUGUGCCGGGCGGUGGGAGGGGAGGGAAGGAAGGGAAGCAGAGCAAGGGAAGGAAGAGAAGGGAAGGAAGGGAAGGGGGGGCGCCCGGCCCUGCGCAGUGAGCGAUGUUUGUCCGCCAUCGCGGCGGAGGCUGAAGGAAGCGCCGCCAGCGGAGCGAGGGGCCCGCGCCGCCGCCUCUCCCGCCCGGCCCGGCCCGGCCCGGUCGGCCCGGCCCCCGUGCUCUCCGCGCCCCCCGGGGGCCGCGCUCGCAGCGAAGGUCGCCAGCGGCCUCCCCCAGCCCCGUUACCGGGUCCGCCGCCCCGCCGCGCGUCCCCCGGCUGUGUCGCCCCGCGCCGGAGGCGCCGCCGGGCCCGAAGAUGUCGAACCUGAGCAAGGGGACGGGCAGCCGGAAGGACACCAAGAUGCGGAUCCGCGCCUUCCCCAUGACUAUGGAUGAGAAAUAUGUGAACAGCAUUUGGGAUCUUCUGAAAAAUGCAAUCCAAGAGAUUCAGCGUAAGAACAAUAGUGGUCUCAGUUUUGAGGAGCUGUAUAGAAAUGCUUAUACAAUGGUGUUGCAUAAACAUGGUGAAAAACUCUACACUGGACUAAGAGAAGUGGUCACUGAGCAUCUAAUAAACAAGGUGCGAGAUGAUGUGUUAAACUCCUUGAAUAACAACUUUCUACAAACACUAAACCAAGCGUGGAAUGAUCAUCAAACAGCAAUGGUGAUGAUUAGGGACAUUCUGAUGUAUAUGGACCGAGUGUACGUGCAACAAAACAACGUGGAGAAUGUCUACAACUUGGGCCUGAUCAUUUUUCGAGAUCAAGUCGUACGUUAUGGCUGCAUCAGGGAUCACCUGAGGCAAACUCUGCUGGAUAUGAUUGCAAGAGAGAGGAAAGGAGAAGUUGUAGACAGAGGCGCAAUAAGAAAUGCUUGCCAGAUGUUAAUGAUUCUGGGUCUUGAAGGAAGGUCAGUCUAUGAAGAAGACUUUGAGGCUCCAUUUUUGGAGAUGUCUGCAGAAUUUUUUCAGAUGGAAAGUCAGAAAUUUUUAGCUGAAAACAGUGCUUCUGUGUAUAUAAAGAAAGUAGAAGCUAGAAUUAAUGAAGAAAUAGAGCGGGUGAUGCAUUGUCUGGAUAAAUCAACAGAAGAACCAAUUGUGAAAGUUGUUGAGAGGGAGCUUAUUUCCAAGCACAUGAAAACUAUCGUGGAAAUGGAGAACUCUGGGCUAGUUCAUAUGCUGAAAAAUGGGAAGACAGAAGACCUUGCUUGCAUGUACAAGUUGUUCAGCCGUGUGCCAAAUGGUCUGAAGACAAUGUGUGAGUGCAUGAGCUCAUACCUGAGAGAGCAAGGCAAAGCACUGGUUUCUGAAGAGGGAGAAGGAAAGAAUCCCGUUGACUACAUUCAGGGCUUACUGGACUUGAAGAGCAGGUUUGAUCGCUUCCUUCAGGAAUCCUUCAAUAACGAUCGGCUCUUCAAGCAGACCAUUGCGGGGGACUUCGAGUACUUCCUCAACCUCAACUCCAGGUCCCCAGAGUACCUCUCAUUAUUUAUUGAUGAUAAGCUGAAAAAGGGAGUCAAGGGACUAACAGAGCAAGAAGUAGAAACUAUAUUGGAUAAGGCAAUGGUUUUAUUCAGGUUUAUGCAAGAGAAAGAUGUUUUUGAACGCUAUUACAAGCAGCACUUGGCAAGAAGACUUCUCACAAAUAAGAGUGUUUCAGAUGACUCUGAGAAAAAUAUGAUCUCCAAAUUAAAGACUGAAUGUGGAUGUCAAUUCACAUCGAAACUGGAAGGAAUGUUCAGGGACAUGAGCAUCUCAAACACAACGAUGGAUGAGUUCAGGCAACAUCUUCAGGCAACAGGGGUCUCACUAGGAGGUGUUGAUCUCACAGUGCGUGUCCUCACAACAGGUUACUGGCCUACCCAGUCAGCCACACCAAAGUGCAACAUCCCUCCAGCUCCCAGACAUGCUUUUGAAAUAUUUAGAAGAUUUUAUUUAGCAAAACACAGUGGGCGACAGCUGACACUCCAGCAUCACAUGGGUUCUGCAGAUCUCAAUGCCACUUUCUAUGGGCCUGUUAAAAAGGAAGAUGGCUCAGAAGUCGGUGUAGGAGGUGCCCAAGUAACUGGCUCCAAUACACGGAAGCACAUAUUGCAAGUCUCCACUUUCCAGAUGACAAUAUUAAUGCUAUUUAACAACAGAGAAAAAUACACCUUUGAGGAGAUUCAACAAGAAACUGAUAUCCCUGAAAGAGAACUUGUUAGAGCCCUACAGUCCCUUGCAUGUGGCAAACCAACACAACGUGUUCUCACGAAAGAGCCCAAAUCAAAAGAAAUAGAAAAUGGUCAUAUAUUUACAGUGAAUGAUCAGUUCACAUCUAAACUACACAGAGUCAAGAUUCAGACGGUUGCUGCCAAACAAGGAGAGUCUGAUCCAGAAAGGAAAGAAACGAGGCAGAAAGUAGAUGAUGACAGAAAACAUGAGAUAGAAGCUGCUAUAGUUCGGAUAAUGAAAUCUAGAAAGAAGAUGCAACACAAUGUGCUAGUAGCAGAGGUAACUCAGCAGCUGAAGGCCCGGUUCUUACCAAGUCCAGUUGUUAUUAAAAAACGUAUUGAAGGACUUAUUGAGAGAGAAUAUUUGGCACGAACACCUGAGGAUCGCAAAGUAUACACUUACGUAGCAUAAAAUGCGUUCAGAAAAUUUGAUUUAUUCUUGGACUAUACUCUUCGCAUGAACUGGGAAGUUCUUUUAAAUCAUUAAUAUUAAGAUGACCAUCUUCUCUAUUAAAUUACAGUACAUGUUCUAGACCAUUCAGAUCAAGCCUUUUACUCCUUUUGAGAGUUUUUGACAUGAAUUAAUUGAGCUUCAGGCUUUUCAACGUUAUCCCUGUAGAGAUCAUCCUUACAAUUCUUCGGGAAAAUGUGAAUGUGCCGCGUUUGUUUUCAAUACUGUAUGAAAACAGAGAAAUAAAAACGACUUUAGAAAAUACAGCUCAUUUAAAAAAAUAAAUUUGUUGGAAUUUCAUUUCCCCAGAUCUUCAGUGUUGAUGUAAAUGUGUUUCUGUAGUGUUGCUUAGCACUUCGCAUUGUAUAAGUUGGGUUUAAAAGAAACCACAGGUGGAAGGCAAAAAUUCCCACUUACCUUGCUCUGCUUCAAAUGUUUAUUUAACUAGACAUGUUUAAUUUAAAUACUUGCUAAUUUUUUGAAGACCCAAGAAGACAACUUGAGCAUGUUUCACUCUUCCUGCUGCACUCACUGUUCCAACAACAUGAAUCAGGAACUUCUGGGGGCUCAGAAAAGACCGUAUUAAUUUUGGCUUUCCCUUCUGUAACUUGAGUUCUUCUAAAUUAAACUCUAUAUUGAUUAGGUUUUUUCUGGUUUCUUUAUAGGAAAAAGGACAAGAUUUUAGUGUGUAUAAACUGUAUAAUAAUUUUUGCUGUUGUACUCACUGCUGAUGGUGGAUUGUACAGGGCGAUGUUUUUAUUUCACUAAAUGUAGACAAAAUAAAUUUAAAAUAAAUGGAUUUAGUGUACACAACAACUAAUUCAAGUGUGUUAGAGUACAGGGUUGACAAUCUUUUGGAACUAAAUACUGUCCCCUGGGGAAAUGUACUGGGAUUAUAUUUUGUUAAUAAACGUCAUAGAUGGAUCUGUAGCCCCAGGGCUUCCCAUCAUAAAUGCAUAUUUCAGGAGAUUAAAGUGAAGCCAGCGUGCACUAUUUGUUUUUAAAAACGCAUUUUAAACAUGCAAUAAAAAAUUGUUACUGUAAUGAAAUUUUUAGUUCUUACCCUGGAACUUUUUUUUCUUCUUGACAGUGUGCUGCAAAAAUAGAUUAAAAAUAGCA